AAGAUUGUGUGACUUUGUAGUGACGUUCUGUUCGUGAUUGUGUGAUAUUCUGCUUCUUUCAUCUGGUCACAAGAGCCACGUAAUUAAUAGAUUAAACUACAAAUUUAUCGUGAUCAAACCAUGAACAAAUUCUUGAUACUCUGUGUCCUGGCUCUUGGAGUUGGAGUUUUGGGAGAUAGUGGACCGAAAGUGGUUGAUAAGGUCUUCUUCGAUAUAACCAUCGGUGGUGAGCCUGCUGGCCGAAUUGAAAUCGGUCUGUUCAGUGGAACCGUACCAAAGACUGCACGUAACUUCAAGGAAUUGGCCGAAAAGCCUGAAGGCGAAGGAUACAAAGGUAGCAAAUUCCAUCGUGUGAUCAAAGACUUUAUGAUUCAAGGAGGCGAUUUCACCCGUGGCGAUGGUACUGGAGGUCGAUCAAUCUAUGGCGAACGCUUCGAAGACGAAAACUUCAAGCUUAAGCACUACGGAUCAGGAUGGUUGAGCAUGGCAAAUGCUGGCAAAGACACAAACGGAUCGCAAUUUUUCAUCACAACAAAGCAGACCACAUGGUUGGACGGUAGACACGUCGUUUUCGGAAAGAUUCUGUCCGGCAUGAAUGUUGUACGCAAAAUCGAAGCGUUGUCAACUGACUCGAGAGACAAACCGUCGAAAGAUGUUGUCAUCGCCGAUAGUGGAUCGAUUCCAGUGUCUGAACCAUUUUCAGUCGACAAAGCCGAUGCCGAAGAGUAAAUGAAAGUAUUUUUUUACGGUUCCUACAGUUUUGUGAAACUUUUCUUUCGUUUCGCUCGUUUUUAAGAAUCAUUUUGUGCUAGCACAAUGUUUGGCAUUUAAUUUUUUUUUGAUUUCGAAGAAUUUUCAGUAAAUCUUAUUUUUCCAAU